AUGUUAGCCAGAAGUAACAGUGAGGACCGGGUCUUGGUCAAGAAUAACUUUGUUUUGCCAAUCUGGGCUGUGCUGGUAGGAGGAGGGAGGAGGACCUGGAGAGAGAAAAGAAAACAACACCGCAGUGUUAGCACCUCGCCACCUGCUACCGGAGGAAGAGUCGGAGUCCUUACGCAUGGCGGGGAAGCCCAAGCUUCACUACUUCAAUGGCCGGGGCAGAAUGGAGUCCAUCCGGUGGCUCCUGGCUGCAGCAGGGGUAGAGGUGGAACUCUGAUGUAUGAACAAGUGCCUAUGGUCGAAAUUGAUGGAAUGAAUCUGGUGGAAACCAGAGCUAUCCUAAGAUACCUAGCUGCAAAAUACGACUUGUAUGGAAGAAACCUGCAUGAACAAGCCUGGAUUGACAUGUACGUGGAGGGCUUGAAGGAUCUGAGUGACAUGAUUAUGUUCUUUCCACUCUCUCUGCCCGGAGAGAAGGAGAUGAAUCUUGAAUACAUCCUUGAAAGAGCCACUACAAGAUUCUUCCCUGUCUAUGAGAAGGCACUAAGAGACCAUGGGCAAGAUUUUCUUGUGGGCAGCCGGCUGAGCUGGGCCGAUAUACAGCUCCUUGAGGUCAUCUUCAUGGCUGAAGAGUGCAAACCCAGUGUCCUCACAGGCUUCCCUCUGCUACAGGAGUUCAAGGCCAGAAUCAGCUGCAUUCCCACAAUUCACAAAUUUCUCCAGCCUGGAAGCCAAAGGAAGCCUCCACUAGAUGAAGGCUGCACUGAGACUGUGAAGAACAUAUUCAAAUUUGAACGUGGCAUGUUUCUUAAAAACAUGGGUACUAUAGUAGCUGAGUACUAACAAAUGAAGAGGUCUAAAGGACUCGGCACAGGUUUCACUUCGUACUUGUAGGAGUACCCACAAAGGUAUCAUAAGGUCACUUUGAUAAAGAUAAGCAAAAGGAAAUAACCUACCUAAUACUUGCUAUAAAUCAGACAA